AUGAACCCUUCUAUAUUUUUUUUUCCUUUUUUCUCCCUUAGUGCUAUGUUAUUUUUUGCUCAAAUAAUAAAAGUUAGCAAUCCAAAUAUAUAUGUAUAUAUAAAAAACAAGAAAAAUAUACACGCAGAAAAAGUUGAAAAAUAUAAAAUACACCACAAAAUACUCAUAAUAAUGACUCCUACUGAUAAAAAGUCCUACGUUUUUCAGUGCAAAAUUAACGAAAAACCUGCCCAAGCUAUAGCCGGUAAAGGCACUCGUAUCACCAUUGAAAAAGAUGGUAAAAUAUAUAGUGAUAUUAUUGAUGCCGUUACUGGUGCUGCUGUUGGUGCUUUAGGGUGGGGUGAUGAAGACAUCGUCGAUAUUAUUACUGAAGCCGCCAAGACCUCUACCUAUUCUUUCCCAUCUUUGAUUGGUAACAAACAAUCCGAAGAACUGGCUAAAUUUUACAUCGACAAUUCCCCAAAGGAUGCAUUUGCUUCUGCUUUAUGGUGUUGCUCUGGUUCGGAAGCUAAUGAAAGUUGUAUGAAAAUCAUGUACCAGUACUGGUUAGAACGUGGCAAGACAAAAAAAACAAAAUUUAUUGUUCAGAUGAAACCUGAUCUGAAGUAA